CUGAGUGAGACCAAGAUACUUAACCUGUAAUCACACUAGCAAGCAGAAGUCUCCCAUUUCAUGUGUUGUGAAGUAAUCGCAAGGUUCAAGAAUACAAGCUAUGAGUUUUGAUCACUGCAAAAUGGACAGUAUUGAAAACUAUCACUCUCCAACAGACACAGAGGAUGAUAUUUAUGUGAAUACAGAAGACUGUCGUGCAGAGCUGAAAAAUUCAGGAUCACAAGCAGUGGAUGAUGACAAUGUGAACACACAGCAGCUGCAUCCGAAGACUAAACAAUGCACAGCUUCAUCUAGAUACAACAACAUCAUAUCUGCUCUUGGUCUUCUGCUGCUUGGAGCUUUAGCAUCACUCUGUGCUGUAGGGAUCUUGUAUCACAAUAAAGUUGUUUCCACUGAGAUGUUAAGUGAAGGACACGAGAACACUACAGCCGAACUGAUGGUGCUACAAUACAAAGCCACUGUUUCAGAGGCAGAACAACUGUAUGAAAUGCUGAAGGCCAAAUACCAGGGAGUUCAUGAACGUCUCUCUGCAUGCAAUGCAAAACAAACCUGUACACUUUGUGAGGAAGGAUGGAAGUCUCUUGGUUUAAAGUGUUACUACUUCUCCACUCAUAAACUGAACUGGACACAGAGUCGAGAUUACUGUGUGGAGAAAGGAGGUCACCUGGUGAUUAUAACCAGCCAAACUGAACAGAGCUUUUUAUUCUUACAAAUUGGAGAAACACACUGGAUUGGCUUGAAUGACUUGGAGACUGAGGGUCAGUGGAUGUGGGUGAACAACCAGCCCUUAAACGAGACGGGUGUAAUGUUCUGGUAUAGGUCUCCACAGGGAACAAGUGAGCCUGACAACUGGAAAUUUGAGGACCCUUCUGGAGAGAACUGUGCUGCUCUUGGUCACGAGAUCGGUAACCCAGAUAAAUGGUUCGAUGCUUCAUGUCGUAAGCAGAAACAAUUCAUCUGUGAAAAAUAAAAUACCAGCUUUACUUUUAAAAGCAUGUUAACCUCUUUUUGGACUAGAGUAAAUCUUUUUUAAAAGGUCUUGAAUUUCAGACCUACAGGUUCAAAUGCCUUAUUUUAAAGGGAUGAUCUAAGUUUGUGUAAAACUCUAGACCAGAAAAACAUGUAUACUCUAUAUAUUUUAUGGUGGAAAAAAAUGGCAAAUCAUUGACAGCUAAUUCUUUCCACUCUUGCCAUUUAGAUAACCAUUUAGCUCCUUAGCUAGCAUUUUAUUGUAUUAUUGCAUUUUAAAUGUAAUGUGUGUUAUUUAUUAGAGAUUUGCAUUAUGGCAGUGUUUUACGUUAACAAUAUUAUGUUAUUGACUCAAGAGAAAAGCAGUAAACAGAAAACAGCUGCUUAGGUUUAUAGAAACUUAUAAAGACGACACUUGAACAGAUUUAGAUUACCUUUAGUGUCUUGAGCAUACCUUCUAGAUAAGGUGUAUGCAUAUGACGUUAGAAAUGUUCUAGCAUAAGUACUAUUUAAAACAUAUACCAUUUCAAUAGAAUAUUAAUGGCUGAAAAUCCCCAUUAGUAUUCUUUUUUCCAUUUAUUUUGUCACCAGUUUGUAGUACUUGCUUAUUAUUGAGGACUGCACAUUUUUACUAAUGCCAACAUGUUUGCAUACAUUUAAAUAUGAAUAAAAGUUCCAAAGGACAGGUAAUAAUAUAGAUGGUUUUGUUGCCAUAAACUGCAGUAUUUAAUGCAGUAUUUUAUUUGAUUGGGCUGCAAUGAGGCAACAAUGAUAUUAUAAUAAGAAUAACGUUGGUUAGGUUAAAGCAGGACCAGGUCAAAGCUCUUUAACCUGAACAUCACUUAGUUUUUAUUUUCAUUUGAAUUUACCUAGACUUGCCACUAGAUGGCAGUAAUAAUUUCUGAAUUGUGGUCAUCCUACAAUACAAAUUUUUAUAUUCGUUUGUCAUGAUAUUCUUUAGGAAAAUGACCAACUGUCAUUCAAAUAGGUGAUAAGAAUAAUGCACAAGCUUUGGGUUUUGGACAUAAUGAAGUCAGUCUGUCUUUUUGCUAUUUAUUUUGCUUGAGGGAGAUUUGUAUUCCUACGUUGAUCAUGUAAUUCUAUAUACACAUAAAAUACAAUAAAAAAAUUAUACACGA